GAGCGCGGGCUGCUGCUGUAGUGCUCGCGCGCGGGGAGCUGCUGAGGAGUGAGGACGCUGGUUUGCUAUUUCUGUGAUGAUUUUUUUUUUUACUUUUUCUGUCGCUUUUUAGGAUUAUUUGACAAUGUCUGCCGCUCCUGAGAGUCUGAGAAGUCUGGUCACCAUGCAUAAUCAACAUUCAAAAUGCUGUGUUCUUUAACCUACGGAUUUAAUGUGCCUGAAGUGCUGGUGCUGACGCUGCCUUUGGACAACUAACCUCACCUUUUCAUCUCAUUGUGCCUUCAUAUUCAACACCACUUGAAUUACUACUUGAGCCUUCAGAAUGAUUCCCAACGGCUGCUUGGUUUUUGAAGAUGAGAGCUUUCUGGACUCCACUGUUGCGAAGAUGAACGCUCUUCGAAAAAGUGGACAAUUCUGUGAUGUCAGGCUGCAGGUUUGUGGUCAUGAGCUGAUGGCUCAUCGUGCAGUCCUGGCUUGCUGUAGCCCUUACCUGUUUGAGGUGUUUAACAGUGAGGCGGAGCCCCAAGGGGGUGUUUCUCUGGUGAAGUUUGAUGACCUGAACCCAGAAGCUGUAGAAAUCCUGCUUAACUUUGCCUACACUGCACAACUCAAAGCUGAAAGAGAUCUUGUGCGGGAUGUCUACUCAGCAGCAAAAAAGCUAAAAAUGGAAAGAGUCAAACAGAUCUGUGGAGAUUACUUAUUGUCAAAGAUGGACUGCCAAAGUGCCAUUGCGUACCGUCAUUUUGCCAGCAGCAUGGGGGAUGGACGGCUGCUGGGGAAGAUUGAUGGUUACAUUCAGGAACAUCUGUUGGAGCUCUCAGAGAAAGAUGACUUCCUCAAGCUUCCUCGACUUAAGUUGGAGGUGAUGCUGGAAGAGAACUUGAACCUGCCGAGUAACGGGAAGCUGUACUCUAAAGUGAUCAGCUGGGUCCAGCGCAGCCUGUGGGAGAGUGGAGAACCGCUGGAUAAACUGAUGGAAGAGGUACAAACACUUUACUACUCAGCAGAUCACAAACUGCAUGAUGGUGGAGCGCUGGAGGAGGCUGAAGUCUCAGGCUCUGAGGAGGACCAUAUCCAGUUUGUACAGAAAAAAGCCCCUCGUGAAAAUGUGCAGAAACAGACGAAUACAGCCUCCCCCUCUUCAAGCCCCAACAGCCAGCCCAACAAACAUGAGUGGAAAUACAUCGCUUCAGAGAAAACCAGCAAUUCAUAUCUGUGCCUGGCAGUGCUGCGGGGUGUGUUGUGUGUGAUUUCCUUGCAUGGCCGCAGCAGCCCCCACAGCUCUCCCUCCACCACGCCCUGUCUGCAGAUGAGCCGCAGUCUGGAAGCCUCGCCGAGUGAGCUUACGGACAGGCUGCUGAGACCCAUGCGCUAUGCCCGCUCCGGACUUGGCACUGCAGAAAUAGAUGGAAAACUAAUUGCUGCAGGUGGUUACAACAGGGAGGAGUGUUUGAGGACGGUUGAGUGUUACGACCCUAAGAAGGACUGCUGGACGUUCAUUGCUCCGAUGAGAACCCCCCGUGCCCGCUUCCAGAUGGCAGUCCUGAUGGGCCAGCUGUAUGUAAUGGGUGGUUCUAACGGUCACUCAGAUGAGCUGAGCUGUGGGGAGAUGUAUGACCCGCGGGCUGACGAGUGGUCCAGAGUUCCUGAGCUCAGAACCAACCGCUGCAAUGCAGGUGUGUGCUCUUUGCACAACAAACUGUUUGUGGUUGGAGGGUCCGAUCCAUGUGGUCAGAAGGGCCUGAAGAACUGCGACUCCUUUGACCCAGUUACAAAAACCUGGACCAGCUGUGCCUCUCUUAAUAUCAGGCGACACCAGGCAGCAGUGUGUGAGCUGGAUGGCUUUGUGUAUGUGAUCGGAGGUGCUGAAUCGUGGAACUGUCUGAACUCAGUGGAACGCUAUAAUCCUGAGAACAACACCUGGACCCUCGUGGCCCCCAUGAACGUGGCCCGCAGGGGAGCCGGCGUCGCAGUGCACGAGGGAAAGCUGUUUGUUGCCGGAGGAUUUGAUGGCUCCCGUGCUCUGAGCUGCGUGGAGGUCUACGACCCGGCCAGGAACGAGUGGAGGAUGCUGGGAAGCAUGACGACGGCACGCAGCAAUGCGGGUGUGGCGGUGGUGAACGGGGUGGUGUGUGCUGUGGGAGGCUUUGAUGGAAAUGACUUUCUGAACACCAUGGAGGUUUACGACCCCGAGACGAACGAGUGGAGUCCCUGUGCUGAGGCUCUGACUGAGGAAUAAGGAACUGAGAACUCCGGCUAACGGCUUCACGGCAAAGUCACUGUCUUCCUUUUACUUUUGUUUUUUUUUUUUCUUCUUUUUUCUUUCAUUUCAAGUGCUUUUCUCUUUUUCCGGAGCUAUUGAGGAGCAGAGAGGGGGAACACAGGAGGACGGAAUCACGCAAAGUUGCCCAAAGCAACAUUUAAACCUUUGCAUAUUGCAUAAAUUAUUGAGCUGUAGAUAUUAUUAUUAUUAUUAUUAAUAUUAUUUUUUCCUUUUUUUUUUUUCAUUAUUUCUUUCAAAGAAUGUGUUAUUUAGAGUGAUCUUCAGAGAUUUUAUUUUUAUUUUAUCAGGCAGAAUUAUGUGACUGCAAAGCCAGAUUUAACCAAAAUGAUUUGUAAUAGGCUCACUGUAGUUUGCUGCUAUUGGCCUACUGGGAAACUUUAGUUUUAGGACCUUUUUAAUGGGACUUCCUUAAAGGGUUAUUAGGUUGGAGGCAAGACAUGUAGUCUGAAUUUUGUAGAUUACAGAACAGUAAAAAUGUAAAAGCUUGACUCAUUCUUUAGAAGGCUGUUUUGUAGUUUCGCUUUAUCAGGAGGAAUCUUCUUAUGAUUGCCUUUUUGUACAAUUGAUUUUUUUUUACACCAGUAUGAGGUAACUGAUUAUGAAAAUGUUAACGUGAACCAGUGCCACAGGCUUUGUUCAACCUUCCAACUUUAUACUGUAUGUGUAUGUUUUUUGCUGAGGAACCCAUUAGUGCUGCAGUGUACCAAAACAUUUUGACCUCAAGCCUCAGAUGUUCUCAGAUAUUAACAGCAUCUGGCUUUAUCUUUAGGAUUUCCAGCUUGAGCUGAACUUGAGAUGAGAUUUGACAUGAGAUGAUCUUUCAGAAGUAAUAAAUUUAUCAGUGAAAACA